CGAUUUCCCCGUUGAGAGUCGGCUCCACUCAGUGGGGUCGCCCGCCCAUCUCGGGGUCGCCAGUCCAUCUCCGGCUCCCCCGCGGGGCCCGAGGCAGACGUUAGCCGCCGCACUGCCGGUCGACAGACCCAGCCUUUAGGCCGCCACCGCGGGCGCUAGUUCUUCUCCCUUGCCCCGCCUUCCUCCUCCCCCCUCACGGAAACCACAGCUGCGGCGGCUGGGCUGGCGCCGCCUCCCUCCGCCUACCACGUCUGCCCUCGCCGCUCUAGCCCUGAGCCCCAGCCCGGCCGCGGCGCCUCCGCCUCGCGGCUAGGUCAGCCGGCUCCGCCCGGCUGCCGCCCAGGAUGAACAUCAUGGACUUCAACGUGAAGAAGCUAGCGGCCGACGCGGGCACCUUCCUCAGUCGCGCCGUGCAGUUCACAGAAGAAAAGCUUGGCCAGGCUGAGAAGACAGAAUUGGACGCUCACUUAGAGAACCUCCUUAGCAAAGCUGAAUGUACCAAAAUAUGGACAGAAAAAAUAAUGAAACAAACUGAAGUGUUAUUGCAGCCAAAUCCAAAUGCCAGGAUAGAAGAAUUUGUUUAUGAGAAACUGGAUAGAAAAGCUCCAAGUCGUAUAAACAACCCAGAACUUUUGGGACAAUAUAUGAUUGAUGCAGGGACUGAGUUUGGCCCAGGAACAGCUUAUGGUAACGCCCUUAUCAAAUGUGGAGAAACCCAAAAAAGAAUUGGAACGGCAGACAGAGAACUGAUUCAAACAUCAGCCUUAAAUUUUCUUACUCCUCUAAGAAACUUUAUAGAAGGAGAUUACAAAACAAUUGCUAAAGAAAGGAAACUAUUGCAAAAUAAGAGACUGGAUUUGGAUGCUGCAAAAACCAGACUAAAAAAGGCAAAAGCUGCAGAAACUAGAAAUUCACAACUAAACUCAGCUCGCCUUGAAGGAGAUAACAUUAUGGUAAAUUUCUCUUACGUGCUCAACUUCCUGCAUGUAAAAUGGCUGAAGAUUUGGGCAGAGGAAGUGACAAAAUCUGAACAGGAAUUAAGAAUAACUCAAAGUGAAUUUGAUCGUCAAGCAGAGAUUACCAGACUUCUGCUAGAGGGAAUCAGCAGUACACAUGCCCAUCAUCUUCGCUGUCUGAAUGACUUUGUAGAAGCCCAAAUGACUUACUAUGCACAGUGUUACCAGUAUAUGUUGGACCUCCAGAAACAACUGGGAAGUUUUCCAUCCAAUUAUCUUAGUAACAACAAUCAGACUUCUCUGACACCUGUACCAUCAGUUUUACCAAAUGCGAUUGGUUCUUCUGCCAUGGCUUCAACAAGUGGCGUAGCAAUCACCUCUCCUUCCAACCUCAGUGACCUUACGGAGUGUAGUGGCAGCAGGAAGGCCAGGGUUCUCUAUGAUUAUGAUGCAGCAAACAGUACUGAAUUAUCCCUUCUGGCAGAUGAGGUGAUCACUGUGUUCAGUGUUGUUGGAAUGGAUUCAGACUGGUUAAUGGGGGAAAGGGGAAACCAGAAGGGCAAGGUGCCAAUUACCUACUUAGAACUGCUCAAUUAAAUAGGUGGACUAUGGAAGGGUUACCCAUCAUGACAUUGUAUUUAUAUAAAAUUAACUCUAAAUAAAGCAGGUUAAGUAUCUUCCAUGUUAAUGUGUUAAGAGACUGAAAAGAAAAUACCAGCCACCAGAAACAGGCCUUUCUGCCAGUAAAGUUGCAUGGUAAAUAUUUCAUUACAGAAUUUAUGUUAGAGCUUUCAUGCCAAGAACGUUUUCUUAAAAAUUCUCUUUUAUAUUGAGGUUUCACUAAUAAGCAGCUUCUACUUUUGAGCCUCAACUUAAAGCAGAACUGUUUUCUACUGAAUUUUUCAUUAACAGUAAGCUUUUUCUUUUAUGUAAAAUAAAUCUUUUGUGAAUUAAUAUCAGUGACUCAUUUAUUAGGUAUAAUUAAUAGCCAAAGAAUAAAAUUAAAAUUUGUUUUAAACUUUCGGUUUUAAAAAGAGCUGUAGGAUAUAAACCUCUUUUGUGAAAAGUAGAAUUUUCUGAAUGUUUUCAUAGACAAAAAUACAGUUAUACCAUGUUUACCUGGUUUUCCAACAGAAAUCAAAUGAUUUCUAUGUUUUGAUGGGUUAUUUUGAGAGUUUUAUGGUUUUUUUUAAAUACUGCGGAAUGGUUUCUUUUAAAUUUAAGAACAGCUAGUUCUUGAAAAGCAAUACCAUAGUUCUCUGAUAAAUUUGUAGUUAAGUUUCUAGAAAAUGGUGGACAAAUUUACUUAAUUUAACAAAAAGUUUUUAAGAUUAUUCAAUUGGCACAAUUUAAUGCAUAAUUGGGAUUGGAUCCAUUAAUAACAACUGUGGUACAGUAAAGAGAAUUUGUUUUUAUUGAACAACAAAUUUGUAUAAAAGUGUGGAAUAAUGCAACUACAUUAUUGAGUAAAUUGUAUACAAACAAAUUUGGGUGACUGAGCUUAUAUUCAAACAUAAAAAUGUGUUAAUGAAUACAGGCUAUCUUGAUAAGGCUCUCUGGUUAUGAAACACAUACUAAUGAAAUUAUGAGUGACACACUGGAAGCCAGAAAAUUGCUGUUUGGGCCGUAGCUAUAUGUCAGCAAAUUGGCAGAUUGUUUCCAUGUUAAGACUUCUGUUCUCAUUCAUUCAUUCAACAAACAUUUGUUGAAGGCCAGAUAUGUGCUGGUCAACUGGGGAUACUAUCCUGAACAAUAUGCACACAGUUCUUGCACAUGAAGAGCUUAAAGACCAGUAAAGGAUACAGAAAAUUAAACAAGCAAUUGUCCUAUAAUAGGAUCAGUGUUGUGAUGGGGAAAAUACAGGGUACUGUAUUUGGGAGUCACCUAACUCCAAUUUUGGGAGUGAGAGACAGUUUGGGGAAGAAUUGUUCCAGAUAAAAAGAUGGAUAACUAAGACAGCAUAGCACAUUCUGACAACUAAAGUAAUUUACUCUAACUUAAGCAUGAAGUACAAAAGUGUAGUUCAUUUAUUGAGGGAAUGUUAAGCUACUAAAAUAAUACUUUUGGUACUUUAAAAAAAUGAAUUCUUAAACAUCAUUUACCAUUUUAAAAUUUUGUGUUAAGAGCCCCUAGUAAGAGCUUGGUAAACAUGUUGACAAUUUAACUCACAGUCUAAACUUUAAAAGUAGUUGUUACCCUUUUAUUUCUGUGCCAUGAGACAAAUUUUUCUGCAGUUUUAUAGUUGUACAAGAUGUGUUGAUUCACUCUGAAUUGCCAUAUUCUUAAACCCUCAAAAGCUGCUGAGGCUGGUCAGUUUUUUAUAAAACCAAGUAAAUGAAACUUUCUCUUCCCUCAGAAAGGAAGUUCUACAGCCUAGAGUGCCAUCUAUUAUGUUUUAUAAGUCCAAAUGUAGGCUUUGAAAGAUCAUACCAAAACUUCAGGUCCACUUAAACAGCAACUAUAAAUUAGGUUUAUGGGAAAUAUAGUAAUACAGGGGAAAGAGUAUCAGUAAUGGAGUGAAAUGGUCCUGGUUCAAAUCCGGUGUUCCUCACAUACUGUGCUCUUUAAGCUUCAACUCAGAUGUAUAACAACUGCCUUUUCCUUACCAGUAAAAUGAGGACAAUAAUUAUGAUACCCUAGGGUGGUUGUGAGGAUUAAAUAGCAAAUGCUAUCUUGUAUUUCAGGUGCUUUUUAGGGAAAGCCUUUGCACAUAGUAAAUAUCCUGUAAAUAUCCAUUUCUCCUUGUUAGCCCCUGUAGCAUCCGGACCUACCAAGUCUGUAGGCCUUGCAUAUCACUGUGCACCAGAGAUACCUCUUUUAUAUCCAGGCUCUGUUUACUCUCUGUCAGUCCUCUCCUCCACCCUCUUUAAAUCAGACCCCAGUCCGGGCUUAACCUUGCCACAGUCAGUAUAAAUCCUUUUUUAGAACUUUCAGCUUUCCAUCAAGUGAAAGUUGAUUUUAGUAACCCAGCAAUGUACAGAAGUCUUCAAUACUGUUAAGCUUCAAAGACUACUGGUACAUUUGUCUACCACAGAACCACCACAAUAUGUAUGUUUGUUCUUAGGUUUAUUGCUUUUUAUUUUAAUGGGGUUUAGUUGUUUGGGUUUUAUUUUGGUUUUGGCUUAUUUUAAAGUCAAGUUUAGUUUUUACUCAGGUAAAGGCCUGUGAAGUUUCUUAGGCGUGGAAGAAAAAUCUUGGGAAGCCUAUUAAUUCAUGGUGCAAUUCAAAAUUGUUUAAAUAAGCUCUGUGCCACUGAGCUUAAUCUAAAAUUAUAGUCACAUGUGAAGGAUGCAUAUAUGAAUGAAAAACUAAAAUAAUUGUAGGCUCUUCUACAAAUGGAAAAAAAAAAAGUUAUUGGAUUAUGUCUGCCUUCUUCCUCAAAGUAAUCUAACCUAAAAGGUCACGGUGUUAAAACUUUUUUAUGGUGCUAAUCAGAAAAAUUCAUGUUGUAAGAAAUGAACCCAAAAAUGGGAAUGUGCCCCCUCACUCUGCGUCACAUGGGAAAUAAAUGCUGAGGCCAGGAUCACCAGUAGGGUACAGCCAGCUUCAUAGUCUCUUGUUAUCCUCUCCCUGAACAAAGAACCAAGUGAGACUGGGAAGCUAGUAUUGGGAAAACAUUUCAGGGAUAAAUUGUGGAGUGCAGAAGAUGAUGGAUGGCAAGGCAAAAACCCACAGACUUGUUUACCCAUAGAGGCCCCACUUACCUCCAUGCCAACAAGAUUCCAGAAAAACUCCUUCCCUAUCUCCCAGACACCUGAAAUUUUGAAAUACAUUGCCCUACUAUAUUAGCACUUUAAGCUUCAAUGAGGUGCCAUAAUGGAGAGAUAGCUUCAUAGUUUAGCCUGUAGCCAACUUUGCUUCGAGAUUUCCAGAAAAGAAGUGGCUUUUACCUCACAUGAGUCUCAAAAGCUGGAGAGGAAGUUCCACCACCACCCCUGCCCUUUCUCCCAUAUUAUGCUAAUUAGCAAGUCUACCCAGGGCUGGGCACAGUGGCUCAUGCCUGUAAUCCCAGCACUUUAGAGGCUGAGGCAGGUGGAUCACCUGAGGUCAGGAGUUCAAGACCAGCCUGGCCAACAUGGGGGUCUCUACUAACAAUACAGAAAUUAGCUGGGCAUGGUGGUGUGCACCUCCAGCUACUCAGGAGGCUGAGGCAGGAGAAUCACUUGAGCCCCAGAGGCAGAGGCUGCAUAAGCCAAGAUUGCACCGCUGCACUCCAGCCUGGACAGCAGAGCAAGACAAAAAAAAAGGAAAAAAAAAAAGGUCUACUCAGUAGAGCAGUGAUUCACAAAGUGUGAGACCCUAGACUGGCAAUAUCUGCAUCUCCUGGAGACUUGUUUAAAAUGCUAGUUACUACUUUCAAGAACUUUGUACCUUCAUUUGUACUUAUUUUUUUUAUUUUCAAGGGCCCAUGGAAUGAGUCUUCCAUGUGACAGCUUUUUAAAUAUUUUAAGACAAAAACCGAGUCUUCUAAUCUUUAUUGUGUUCUAGCACUAGUCAUUGUAAUUACAUAGUUAUUUUUAUAAUUUAUUUGUUUAGUAUCUGUCACUCUAGAAUGUAGACUCCCUGAGAUAAAGACUAUAAUUCUUUUGAUGGCUAUUAAAUUCCCAACUCUUAGCACAAGACCUAGCGCAUAGUAUGAACUCAGUAAAUAUUUGUUGAAUAAAAGAAAAUGCAAAUUUGUAAGCCUUUUCAGAGACCUACUGACUCAAACUCUGAGAGUGGAGCCCAGCAAUCUGUUGUAAAAGCCAUUUAAGUAAUACUAUUGCACUCUAAAGCUUGAGAGCCACUGCAAUAGAACUAAGAGAACAUGCAUUUCACCUUCAGGCCUACUCUCUGACAUCACUUGAAAAACUCUCUCUGCCUUCUGUAACCCUUACCAACAACAUUGCCCUAUCCAUGUAGGGGAAACACCUGGGCUAUAUUACAAGUGGUUAUGAAGGUAUAAGGACAUGCAUAGUGGGAAGUAUUGCUUAGAAUGCCAGUACUUGGUUGCUGUGGAAGGUUUCUAGGAAUAGAUUGCUUAGUCUAAAGAAUUAGAGUAAGCACUACCGUCAUCCACAUUUUCACUCAACAUAGUGCCUUUUAAUUGGUGACUAACAUCAAAACACCCUGACAAACCAUUAAAACAGUAUCAGAAAACAUGUACAUCCCUGUGCCUCUUAGGGUGCUAAGUUCUGCUCUCAUUCCUGCUUCAAAGGAGACUUUUUAAAGAAUUGUUAAUGCUUUUUUAUAAUAGAAGUCAUAGCCAUGUUGGCAAAAAGAAAAAAGAUUCGGUGAGAAAGGUAAAAAUCACUGAUAAUUCCAUCAUCCAGAGAGAACCACUGUUAUUUAAGUAUAUGGCCUUCCAGACUUUUCUGUGCAUUUAUAGAUUUUUUUAAUGGGAUCAUAUUGUACAUACUGUUUUGUAACUUUUUUUCACUCAACAAUACCAUGACUAUCUUGUUGUAUCAAGUAUAUUUCUACAUCUCUUAAUGGCUGCAUGAUAUUCCAUCAUAUGUGCCACAUUUUAUUAGACUACUGUUGAAUUUUUAGGUUUCCAACUUUUCAUUAAUAAAGUGCUUUAAAGGACA